CCCCACUCUUUCUCUCUCCUACAGUCGUCUCUGUUCCUCCGCCUAGAGAGAGAGAGAGAGAGAGAGAGAAAGAGAGAGGAGUGAGAAAGAUGGUCGAUGACUUUAUGGUGUGUGUUGAUCGGAUUAUAGCUUCGGCGUGCUUUGAAUCCAUCAAUGGGGGAAAUGAAGAACGCCGGAACUUGUCUGUGAACAGCGGUGGUGCUGGAAAUUCUGAGAAGAACAGCGGCGGAGAGGGUUGUUCCAAGAAAGGGGAAGUGGUUGAGUGUAGGAUAUGCCAGGAGGAGGAUGAAGAGAAUGCUAUGGAGGCUCCUUGUGCGUGUAGUGGCACUUUGAAGUUUGCUCACAGAAAGUGCAUCCAGAAGUGGUGCAACAAAAAAGGUGGUCUCACCUGUGAAAUCUGCAAUCAGGUCUACUCUCCAAAUUAUUCUCUUCCCCCCGCCAGUAGCAAUCCUGAUGUUAUGGCAAUUGAUAUCAGACAAGCAUGGGGUCCACAUAUUGAUCUCCGUGAUCCUCAUCUUCUAGCUCUAGCUGCUGCCGAACGUCAGUUACUGCAAUCUGAUUACGAGGACUAUGCCACUGCAAAUAGUGGAAGCAUUGCCUGUCUCCGCUCUAUUGCUCUGAUUUUGCUGCUAAUUUUGCUUGUACGUCAAGCUCUAAUGUUGACGAGAGAUUCUGGAAUUGUGCUGGAAUCAUCGACUUUCUUUAACUUUCAGAUGUCAAUUCUUCAGUUUGCUGGUUUUCUUCUGCCGUGCUAUGUAAUGGCUCGCUCAUGGUACAUCAUACAGGGCCGAAGGAGGCGGCAGGGUUAAUUGAAGAGUUCCCCCCUUGCUGAGCUGCUCUGCCAUGAGCACACUGAAGUGAAGUCCCGGUUACUUUUCGCGCAAGCCUGUCUGUAUAUUUGUGUUUUCUCGAUUCAUAUUUUGAUUCAAAAGGUACCAACACUAGCUUAAAUUUAAGUGUUGGAAAUCAUGGUAGCUUUCUCCUCAAGCCACCGGAGAACUCGAAAAGGAAAUGAAACUGUGAAUAUUUGAGUUCAUCUGGGUUUCUCACUUUACUAGAUUGGUUGCUUAGAUGCUCUUCUUCCACCUAAACUAUUACAAGUGUUGCAAUGUGGAAAGUUCUUGUAAUGGGAGUAUGGGAGUAAAUUUUUGCAUUGUCCUUAUCCAAUAGUAGUAAUUUUGGCAAAAUCACUUCCACAAGUUUGUAGGUGAGAGUUGAAUCUUUUUUAAGGUAGUUUUUAUUUGAUAGUGAAUAUUGCAUAAGAACUUUGUAAAUGUUGCCAUAUUUGCGAACCAUGAAAAAAUGUGUUCUUUUUAUUAA